AUGGCGAUACAUAAAACUUCGAGCCCGAGCACACGCAAUGGAGCCUUAAACAGUCAAGUGAAAUCCAAUUCACGAAAUCGUUUGAUUUCUGGACAACAUCAUUGUUGUAAAGGGCGUAAUGCCAGAGGAAUUAUUACCGCAGGGCAUAGAGGGGGAGGUCAUAAGCGUCUAUACCGUAAAAUUGAUUUUCGACGCAAUGAAAAAGACAUAUAUGGUAGAAUCAUAACUAUAGAAUAUGACCCUAAUCGAAAUGCACACAUUUGUCUCAUACACUAUGGGGAUGGUGAGAAAAGAUAUAUUUUACACCCCAGAGGGGCUAUAAUUGGAGAUACCAUUGUUUAUGGUACAGAAGUUCCUAUAAAAAUGGGAAAUGCCCUACCUUUGAAAUCUACUUCAACCGAUAUGCCGUUAGGCACGGCCAUACAUAACAUAGAAAUAACACUUGGAAAGGGUGGACAAUUAGCUAGAGCAGCGGGUGCUGUAGCGAAACUGAUUGCAAAAGAAGGUAAAUCAGCAACAUUAAAAUUACCUUCUGGCGAGGUCCGUUUGAUAUCCAAAAACUGCUCAGCAACAGUUGGACAAGUAGGGAAUGUUGGGGUAAACCAGAAAAGUUUGGGCAGAGCCGGAGCUAAACAUUGGCGAGGCAAGCGUCCUGUAGUAAGAGGGGUCGUUAUGAACCCUGUAGACCAUCCACAUGGGGGUGGUGAAGGGAGGGCCCCAAUUGGUAGAAAAAAACCCUCAACUCCUUGGGGUUAUCCUGCACUUGGAAGAAGAACUAGAAAAACGAAUCAAUAUAGUGAUAAUUUGAUUCUUCGUCGCCGUAGUAAAUAG